AGCAGGCAGCCCCUGGCUCCGUGGGCUCUGGGGUAGAGCCAACAGAAGAUUGAGGAUGGAGGAGACUCCCUCCGCAACAAUGGCCGCUCUGAUUGCCUGCCCCCGCCCUCGUCUAUCUCUGGGGUGGUGACAAUGUUCGUCUGUCUCCCGGAGCCUGGCACAGGGCGGAUGCUCGGCGAAUCUGAGUGCAGGCGGGCCUGCGUGGAAGCAAGGGCGCAUCUCCGGAAAGCUCGGGGAGGGUUUGCGUCCUCGGGGGUGUGGCAGGGGCGGUUGCUGAGAAUGGAGGAAGGCGUGUUUCUCCAUCUUCUUUCCAUUGCCCGAGAGCUGAAGGGUGGGACAGCGCUGAGCCGCGGGGAGCCCCGGGGACCAGUCAGCCCGGAGCUCCGCUAGGCCUACCUUCCCUGCUGCGCUCCCGCCAGCCAGCUCUGGUUGCCAUGGAGCCGGGAGGCGGUUGCCACGGAGACCGACGUGCGAGGACCAGCCAAUCAGUGAGGAGCUGCGGCGCCAGCUCUCCUCUUGGAUGGAGGCGUUGGGUUAGGCUGGGGAGCCCUGCCCGGGUAGCUGGGGGCCGGGAGUUCGAGCAAGGGUACUACGCCGCCGCCUCCCCCAAAGCGCUCGGCCCCCCAGAACCUCCAACACCCCCCCCCGGCCCCGCACCCCGAAUUCUGGAGACCCUCUGACUCUUCCCGACCAGGCUAAGGGCUGACGCCUCCGACUGGCCCUGAACCCCGCUCCCGUUAGUGGGGGCGGAGGGGUGAUGCUGCGGGAAAGGCGGGGCCGCGGACCGCGGGUGGAGAGUGCAGCCGGGGUGGGGUAUGGGGAGGGAAGGAGGCUGUCCCACCCCCUCCGCUCCCGGCGCACCGCAGUGCCUGGCGCGCCCGCGCACGCUCACUCAGAGCGCUGGGCGGGCGGGGCGGCGCUGACGUCAUCCACUGACCCCCUUCACCCCCCGGCCGAGGGGCGGUGGCCGCGCAGGCUCCGCGGGACGGACUCACGGACAGACAGGGGACGGAGGGACGGGCGUACGGCCAGGCCAUGCCGGGGGAAGCUGCCCGCGCCGAGCUGCUGCUGCCGGAGGCGGGCGGAACAGGGCCCCGCACAGAUCUGUCCUGCGAUGCGGCUGCGGCUACCACCCCGAGGGGGGACCAGCUGGAGCACUGUGUCCUGACCCCUAAGCCCAGUGCCCUAGCGCUCACGUUCCUGCCCAGCAAGCCGGGUGCCCGGCCCCCGCCUGACGGAGCCAGCUGGGAUGCAGGGCCGGGACGCGCCCCCGCGGCCUGGGCAGUCCAGGCAGAGGGCGACCCCAGCCCAGGGCCCCCCGAGGUUCGGCCUGUUGAAAGUCCUCUCCCAGCCUCCCUGGAGCCCCGGAUUGUGAUGGGCGAGGAGACGUGCCGGGCAUCCCCUCUGCCCAGGGCAACCCUGCCAGAGCUCAGGGACUGGGAGGGUGGGCACGCCAGCCUGAACCCACCCCCCGAGUUGUGUUCUCAGGGUGACCCUCCUGUGCCUUUCCCUGCCCCCGACUCCGAUUCCUACUUCACCCCUCCCUCCACCCCGACCGAGACAGCCUCCACCCUGCUCCCUGGCCCCGGGCCCCACAGGGAGGCCCAGGAUGCCCAGGCUGAGCUGGGGAACUCGCCGCCAGCCUCGCCCUCGGGCUCCUACAUCACGGCGGACGGGGACAGCUGGGCCUCGUCUCCAUCCUGCUCCGUGAGCCUGCAGGCCCCGGCUGAAGGGCUGGAUGUGCCCUCAGGCUGGGGCUUCUCCCCACCUGGGUCUGUGGCCGAUGAGAGGGAGCUGCCCCCUGCCGGGACCCCGGACACCUCGUCCCCAGAGUCCAGCCUCUCGGCAGACAGCAGCUCUUCCUGGGGCCAGGAAGGCCACUUCUUCGAGCUGGACUUCCUGGCCAACGACCCGAUGAUCCCUGCUUCCCUCCUGCCCUUCCAGGGCAGCCUAAUCUUCCAGGUGGAGGCUGUCGAGGUGACCCCGCUGCCCCCCGAGGAAGAACAGGAGGAGCAGGCGGAGGAGGGCGAGGAGGAAGCCCCCAGCCCCAGCAGGGACCUGGCCGGGCAGGGCGAGGACGACAGCACGUUCGCGUCCUCGCUGCAGUCGCUGUCCGACCUGUCCAUCACUGAGGGCAUGGACGAGGCCUUCGCCUUCCGAGAUGACACCUCAGCCGCCUCCUCUGACCCCGACUCGGCCUCCUACGCGGGGGGUGACGAUGAGAGACUGUACAGCGGGGAGCCCCACGCACAGCCCACCACCCUGCUCCAGGACAGCCCUGGUGAGGCCGCCUCCUGGGGCCCCGAGCCCACUCUUGGGGUGUCCGAGGGAGAGGUUGGCCGGGCUGCCAAGAGCCAGGAACCCAUCUCCGAUAUAACGGGGGUGGGCCCCGCUCCAGGCCAGGUGUCCGCUGCUGCUAUGGCCCCUCACGUCCCACAGAAAGCCCCAGGCCUCACUGCGGUGACCCCUCGGGCCUGGGCAGCAGAGGCAGGCUCCACCACGGGACCAGCACCUGUUGCCACAAUCACACCUCAGUCCCUGGAGGAGGGAGACGGCGCUGCCUUAGGCUUAGAGCCCCCCACUUCGAAGGGAGAGGCGGGCCUCGACUCUCUGCAGAACCUGAAGGAAGAAACAGGCCAGGGGUUUGCCGCUGCAGGCAGCCCUGAGCCCCAGCCAGGAGAAGUGGAACCGGCAGUAUUCCUGCCCCUGCAGGAUGCAGGCCUCCCCACUGGCCAGGGAUCUGAGCCCCAGGCCAGCCCUGAGCCCCAGCCAGAAGAAGUGGACCUAACGGCAUCCUUGCCCCUGCAGGAUGCAGGCCUCCCCUAUGGCCAGGGAUCUGAGGCCCAGGCCAGCCCUGAGCCCCAGCCAGAAGUGGACCUGACAGCAUCCUUGCCACUGCAGGAUGCAGGCCUCUCCUCUGGCCAAGGAUCUGCCCCCGAGGCCAGCCCUGAGCCCCAGCCGGAAGAACUGGACCUGACGGCAUCCUUGCCCCUGCAGGAUGCAGGCCUUCCCACUGGCCAGGGAUCUGCCCCUGAGGCCAGCCCUGAGCCCCAGCCGGAAGAACUGGACCUGAUGGCAUCCUUGCCUCUGCAGGAUGCAGGCCUCCCCUCUGGCCAGGGAUCUGCCCCCGAGGCCGGCCCUGAGCCCCAGCCGGAAGAAGUGGACCUGAUGGCAUCCUUGCCCCUGCAGGAUGCAGGCCUCCCCUCUGGCCAGGGAUCUGCCCCCGAGGCCGGCCCUGAGCCCCAGCCGGAAGAAGUGGACCUGACGGCAUCCUUGCCCCUGCAAGAUGCAGGCCUCCCCUCAGUCCAGGGAUCUGCCCCCGAGGCUGGCCCUGAGCCCCAGCCGGAAGAAGUGGACCUGAUGGCAUCCUUGCCCCUGCAGGAUGCAGGCCUUCUCUCAGUCCAGGGAUCUGCCCCCCAGGACAACCCUGAGACCCAACUGGAAGAAGUGGACCUGAUGGCAUCCCUGCCCCUGCAGGAUGCAGGCCUCCCCUCUGGCCAGGGAUCUUCCCCCCAGGACAGCCCUGAGACCCAACCGGAAGAAGUGGACCUGAUGGCAUCCUUGUCCCUGCAGGAUGCAGGCCUUCCCUCAGUCCAGGGAUCUGCCCCUGAGACCAGCCCUGAGCCCCAGUUGGAAGAAGUGGACCUGACGGCAUCCUUGUCCCUGCAGGAUGCAGGCCUCCCCUCUGGCCAGGGAUCUGCCUCCAAGACCAGCCCUGAGCCCCAGCCGGAGGAAGUGGACCUGACGGCAUCCUUGUCCCUGCAGGAUGCAGGCCUCCCCUCUGACCAGGGAUCUGCCUCUGAGGCUGGCCCUGAGCCCCAGCCGGAAGAAGUGGACCUGACGGCAUCCUUGUCCCUGCAGGAUGCAGGCCUCUCUUUGGUCCAGGGAUCUGCCUCCGAGGCCAGCCCUGAGCCCCAGUCGGAAGAAGUGGGCCUGACUGCAUCCCCACCCCUGCAGGAUGCAGGCCUUCAUUCGGGCCAGGAAUUGGCCUCUGAGGCCAGCCCUGAACCCCAGUCGGAAAAAGUGGACCUGACGGCAUCCUUGUCCCUGCAGGAUGCAGGCCUCCUCUCUGGCCAGGGAUCUGCCUCUGAGGCCAGCCCUGAGCCCCAGCCAGAAGAAGUGGACCUGACUGCAUCCCCACCCCUGCAGGAUGCAGGCGUUCCUUCGGGCCAGGAAUUGGCCUCCGAGGCCAGCCCUGAACCCCAGUCGGAAGAAGUGGACCUGACGGCAUCCCUGCCCCUGCAGGAUGCAGGCCUCCCCUCUGGCCAAGGAUCUGCCACCAAGGCCAGCCCUCAGGCCUUGCAGGCUGACACAGGCUACACCCUAGGGACAGAGCCCAUGGCCACCACAGCCCAACAGAAAGGAGGCAAGACUUUGGAACUGAGGCCAGCGCCUGAGAAAAGGGACCCAGACCACACUGGAGGAUCAGACUCUCUGGCCUUGGAUCAGAUCCAUCUGGGUGGCCUGGAGCCAGCUGCAGAUGCUCGGAUACCCUUGGACGGAGAUGCAUGCCCUUCCAAGCCUGCCACGGAGGCCCCAGACACACCUGAGCCUGCCACGGAGGCCCCAGACACACCUGAGCCUGCCACGGAGGCCCCAGACACACCUGAGCCUGCCACGGAGGCCCCAGACACACCUGAGCCUGCCACGGAGGCCCCAGACACACCUGAGCCUGCCACGGAGGCCCCAGACACACCUGAGCCUGCCACGGAGGCCCCAGACACACCUGAGCCUGCCACGGAGGCCCCAGACACACCUGAGCCUGCCACGGAGGCCCCAGACACACCUGAGCCUGACUCCAGAGGGGAGGAAGUAGCCAAGGGCCUUUUGGCACCUGAGCAGGGAGCCUGUCCUGAUGCCCGUGGGCAUGGGGGUGAUGGAGCUGAGCCCAGCUCGCCCCUAAAGGAGGCCCCGGGGGCUGAGAACCAGGGGCAUGGAGUUCUAAAGGCAGUCGUCUGCAGCCCAGAGCCAUGUCCUGCUGCCAGCCUAGAGGUUGGCCAGGUGGGGCCCCCAAGCCCAGUGGAGGAGGGAAGGGCCGCCCUGGGGCCCAGGCUUCCCGUGGCUGUGGCCGCAGAGGCCGGGCUGGGCUCCUGCCCAGAGUCUCCAUCAGGGGCUGUACCCAGGCUGGGAGGGAGCUGUCCCAAAGAUCCUGCCCUGGCACUUCCACUGCCCUCAAGGCAGCCAGAGCCCGUGAGGGGCCUGCACAGCGGACAGCAGGUCCGGGCAGCCCUGGGAGUCCUCAGCUCCUCCCCGCCGCAGCCUCCACAAAGCCCCCUAGGGGGCCUGCCCUGUGCACCCCAAGCCAGCAUCCAGGGCGCUGAGUCCUCUGCUCCUGGUGUCCUCAUGCAGACAGUCCCACCCCCCGUGGCACCCCCUGCCCCCUGCCCUUGCCAGGUCCCCGGGGAAGACCUGGGGGAGGGCGUGGAGCCCCUGGGCUCUCUGGGACUCCCACCACCACGGGCAAGAGCCCAGCGGGCGGUGGCUGCCCUCUCAGGGACCAAGAAUCCCCCCGGGGCCGGGCAGGUCAGCCUCCCGCCCCACUCCCCACUCCUCAGCCCCAAGGCGGCCCCCAAGGGGGCUACCCAUGCCAAAGACCUGGCCUCGAGGAUCUCGCCCCCCUGCCAAGUGCCUCCUGGCUCUGGGCUCCGGAGCCCAGCCGGACCUCGAGGGCUCCCAGCCGCCAAGCAGCAGGAUGACCAGGACAGUUUGGAAGAAGACUCGCCGCAGGCUCCGGGCUCCGGCCAGCACUCGGACAGCCACGGGGAGUCGUCGGCCGAGCUGGAGGAACAGGACCUCUCGGGACCACGGACCGCGCAGUGCCCAGCCCAGGCCCCGGCGGGCGGCGGGAGCGAGGAGACCGUCACCAAAGUCAAGCAGAGCCGCAGUGAGAAGAAGGCCCGAAAGGCGAUGUCCAAGCUGGGCUUACGCCAGAUCCAGGGGGUCACCAGGAUCACCAUCCAGAAGUCCAAGAACAUCCUCUUUGUCAUCGCCAAACCUGACGUCUUCAAGAGCCCGGCCUCGGACACCUACGUGGUCUUCGGCGAGGCCAAGAUCGAGGACCUGUCCCAGCAGGUGCACAGAGCUGCGGCUGAGAAGUUCAAGGUACCCUCGGAGCCCUCCGCCCUGGUCCCCGAGUCAGCGCCGGGGCCGAGGGUGAGACCAGAGUGCAAGGAGGAGGAAGAGGACGACGACGAGGAGGUGGACGAGACGGGGCUGGAGCUUCGGGACAUAGAGCUAGUGAUGGCGCAGGCCAACGUGUCAAGGGCCAAGGCCGUGCGGGCCCUGAGGGACAACCAGAGCGAUAUCGUCAACGCCAUCAUGGAGCUGACAAUGUAGCUGCUGACCAGAGACCUGGCUCCACCCCUGCCCCCAAGCUCUGCUGCUCAAUAAACCGGUGUCCCCUCA